AUGAUGCAGGCCCCUGAUGAUUUCCAAGAAAAGCACAAUGAGCCAAUCAUUAGUUGUAUGUUGGUUGGGGAUGGUGCUGUGGGGAAAACCAGCAUGAUUAUAAGUUACAUCUCAAAUGGAUACCCAAACGAAUACCGUCAGACGGCAUUUGACGUCUUCACCGGAUUGGUUAGAGUAGAUGGGAUUCCAGUACAAAUCCAGUUGAUGGACACUGCAGGACAGGAGGAGUUUGAUAAUUUUCGCUCCAUGUUUUACAAUCAAAUAGAUGUCUUCAUCAUUUGCUUCAGUGUUGUCAACCCAGUGUCUUUCCACAACAUCACUUCAAAAUGGAUCCCACAGAUCCGCACCUUCAAUUCUGCUUCACCCAUAAUUUUAGUGGGGACCCAGUCUGACCUCCGGCAUGAUGUUGGCAUCCUUAUCCAUCUGGACCAGCUGAGGGUCAAGCCAGUGGUGAACUCCCAGGCCAGGCGUCUGGCAGAGAAGAUCAGAGCUCACGACUAUGUGGAGUGUUCUGCACUGACCCAGAAUAAUCUAAAAGAAGCAUUUGACUCUGCUAUCUUUGCUGCCGUCAAGCACAAGGCCUGUGAGAAAGCAAAGAAGCUCAAACUAUUUGGUCGUGCAAAGACUUUUUCUAGUGGGGGGUGGAAGAAGUUCUUCUGCUUCAUGUGA